AUGACGUGUCCCAAUGUUGACACAGAAUAUCCAGGACUUGCGUAUUUGUGCCCUUUGGACGAAAUAAUUGUGACACAAGCACGAGACGCCCUCCACGAUAUAAUCGGUGAUCGUGCGCGAAUCAGUUACACAAUUUUCAACAACAGAGGGCAGAAGAUAUUCAUCGCGGUCCGUAUUAAAGGUUGCAGAAAGUUUACAAUCAAGGUUUACAACAUUUACGGAAACGAAGUCAUAGAAGUAAGAAGACCUUUUGCUUUGUGUGUCAACAGGGUAUUAGUGUGGGCCCCUCCGGGGAAUUUCGUGGGCUCAGUAAAACAACUUUGCAACAAAUAUGCGGUUACAAAUGACAGUGGCGUGAAAGUUCUGAAUAUAAGAAUACAGAGACCACUAAAACUGAUCUACAAUAUCCGUUAUGUUUGUGGCGUUGAACCCAUAGGUGUGAUCAAACAACACUGGGAUCUUCCUCAAGUUGGUGGCGUUAAAAACUUCGGCGUAUCUUUUCCUGUACAGUUGAACGUUCAAGAUAAAGCAGUACUACUAGGUGCGUGCUUUCUGAUCGGUUGUUUGAAGUACUGA